GUGUGCGCCGUGGAUUCAGUUGGUUUUCGUAUCUGCAACGAGUUGGAUAGCAAUUCGGUUGGCGCUGCUGCCGCUUCCACGCUGCGUAUCUGUCUUGGACUGUGUAUCUUUGAUAUUUAGUUAGAAAUAUUUAAACGAUUGCCGAGUAAAUAGUUAGUUAAUGUCAGUUAAUGCAUACGAAAUACAGCCACAGCACAGCACAGCAGUUGCAUUGAGUUUUCCUUAGCUGAACAACUAAAACCAACUGCCUAGCUCGCCUCUGAAUAGUCAACAAAGUAUCUCGCAGAUACUCGUAGCGCACUUUCAAGCCCAAAUAUCAUUAAACAAAUUCCAAGCGCGUGUGCACAAUAACAAAAACAACAACAUAAUUAUACAAAAAUGCGCCAAGAAAAUUAAAAAACAGCUUCACAAAAUAAAUGAAAAUAAAAUAAAGCAAAAGUCAAAUACAAAUAAUAAUAAAAUACUCAAGAAAAUACGCGACCAAAAAAAUAUUUGUUGUUUAUUUAUGUUUUGUGCUCGGCAAAACGCUGGUGUGUGUGUCUGUGUGUAUCUCUGAAAUCGACCUGCUGUGUGUGUGUUUGAGUUUGUGUGUGUGUGUGUGUGUGUGGCACAAAACAGCUGUUGGUGCAACAACAAUAACAACAACAACUACUACUACGACGACGACAUCUUGAGUACAGACGCCAAAACGAAAACAACAAUAAAAUUGCAUAUAAAUUUAAUUUAUUUUUUAAAUUAAAUUUUAUGCCCACGAGCGGCCCAUUUUUUAAGCCCAUCUCAGCCGAAGGAAAUUGAAAACUGUGUAUUAAAACGACUGUGGUUAGUGUCGGACUCGAAGAAACAAAUGUUACAUCGUUCUUAGAGACGUAAAGUGCUUGUAAACCAGGUAGAGCUGUGCGGUAAAUAACAGUAAAGAGAUCUCCGGCCAGAUUAUGUACUGCCAAGAGAUGCUGCUGCUGGCGUGCCUAAUGCUGCUGUUGGGUGGCCAGCCACAUUUGACAUCCACCACAACGACGACCACUUUGGUGGCGGCCAUGACGAUUGCCAAUCAGGAUCUGGAGCGUUACUUUCGGCCAGCCAAUGCGACACUCGUGUUUAGCAGCCUAGCCGAGGAGCGGCUCUCCGAUUUCUAUAAUUUCGCCUUCCUCAACUGGUCGUACGUGGACAGCGAGAAUAUUCCCUGUGAAAUUGAAUUUACGGACGAAAAGGCGCGCUACGGCGAGGGCAGAGUGCUCAAUGUCACGGGUCGUCUUGUUCAUAUUAGCACCGCCGAUGAUAUUAGCGACGACUUUGCCUGCACACCCUAUAUACGUGGCACCCUGGGUAUGCCGCUUCCCGAGAAGGGCGUAUCCUGGAUAGCGCUGGUUCGACGCGGGCGAUGCACGUUCGAGGAUAAGGUGAAGCAUGUGUAUCAGUAUAAUGCCGCAGGGGUUAUCAUCUACAAUGACAAGCAGGUCAUGCAGCUUGAAAAGAUGCAGAUCAAGAACAAGAAUCGUAAUAUUGCCGCCGUGAUAACCUAUCAAGCGAUUGGACUCGAUCUGGCCAGCACUGUCGAUAAGGGACACAAUGUAACUAUUUCCAUUAUCGAAGGACGUCGUGGCAUCCGAGCUAUCAGCGGUUUAAAUCGAACCUCCGUUCUGUUUGUCUCGAUAUCGUUUAUUGUACUCAUGAUUAUCUCCCUGGUAUGGCUUAUCUUUUACUACAUACAAAGGUUCCGUUAUAUGCAAGCAAAGGAUCAGCAAUCGCGCAAUCUUUGCUCAGUGACAAAGAAGGCCAUUAUGAAAAUACCAACCAAAACGGGCAAGAUGACCGACGAAAAGGACUUGGACAGCGACUGCUGUGCCAUUUGCAUUGAGUCCUACAAGCCCGCUGACAUAAUACGCAUUCUGCCCUGCAAGCACGAGUUCCACAAGAACUGCAUUGAUCCGUGGCUGAUCGAGCAUCGCACCUGCCCAAUGUGCAAGCUUGAUGUCCUCAAGUUCUAUGGUUAUGUGUUUUUGGGCAGUGAAGAGAGCAUAUUGGAGUAUGAACCGACUCGUACUGCCGGCAGCUCCAAUCCGCCAGCAGCCGUUGUUUUAGCCCAGGAAUCAGCACCGGCUCAAGCGCAAUCCAGCGCUUUGGUCGAUCUCAUCCAGAGCCGUAACUUUGUAAUAGAUUUUCCGCGUGUCUUCGUCCUGAACAGCGGCAGCGUGGUGGGUGCUCGGGAGACGCUGUUUCCGGCCCGUCUGCCGGAGCGCUCCCAAAGUUCGCUCUCGCUGAGACAAGCGCGCGACUGGAUGACCCAGAUGAGCAACAAGCUAGAGGAGCAGCAGGGACUGAGGCGUUUUCGCAAGGACGAAAUGCAACAGCAACUGCUGAGUGCUCGAGAUUCUACACGACAACGGCGUUCACGCUCUGCGGAUGGAAGCUACGCAACCGGUUGCUUUGGUGGCCAGCGGCCGUCCAUAGGUCAGGGACAAACGCCAGCGGUUCAUCAACCUAAGGUGGAUCCAGUGCGACGCACUAGCUCCACUCAUGGGCUGCAGCAGCUAACGGAUGCUUCGUAUGCUCAGUCGCGCCAGAGACAAAGAGAAACCUUCGACUUUGCACGCACUCGUCGCCGCUUCAUGCGGCGGGAGGACGACGAGAUAUCCUUGCAAUCGCUGCCUAGGCGAGCCGCGCCCUUGCCACCCGGCGUAGUUCUACCAGCACCUACUUUGGCUAAUCCACAGAGAGAGCGUGACGACGCUGAAGCUAGCGACUACAUUACUAUUCAGGUUAACGGAGAGGGCGUAGAUCUUAAUGAGUAAUAUUUAAAAGCACGUCGCUUAUGUAGAUUUGUAUAAAGUAUUCUGUUUAGUGAGUAAACUUACUGUUGAUAUCUAUAUCUAUUAACAUUCCCUGUAUAUUAAUCACAGCUGUGAAAAUAAAAAUACUGCGAACGAAUCAAUAAAAGGUGCUUAGGCUUGCUGCAA